AUGGGUAAGGGUUACCUGAAGGGCUUUGGGGGACGGCAUAUUCCCCUGUCAGGAUUCCUAAGCCCUAACAGUCCAAGAAUGGAGGUGGUGGAAGUUGAACAGUUGAGAGCAAUAGACAGUCUUUUGGAAUCUCCUGCAGUGCUUUACUCCCUACAUGGCCUAUAUUUCCUCUGGGCCAAGAAUGGUGCCGUCUACCAGACCUUCUGUGACAUGACCUCUGCGGGUGGUGGCUGGACCCUGGUGGCCAGUGUGCACGAGAACAACGUGGCUGGGAAGUGCACAGUGGGCGAUCGGUGGUCCAGCCAGCAGGGCAACAGAGCAGACUACCCAGAGGGGGACAGCAACUGGGCCAAUUACAACACCUUCGGGUCUGCAGAGGCGGCCACCAGUGACGACUACAAGAACCCUGGCUACUACGACAUCCAGGCUGCGGACCUGGGCAUCUGGCAUGUGCCCAACAAGAGCCCCAUGGAGAACUGGCAGAACAGCUCUCUGCUGAUGUACCGCACAACAAAUGGCUUCUUCCGAGAUCUGGAACACAAUCUGUUUGGCCUCUACCAGAAAUAUCCAGUGAAGUAUGGAUUAGGGAAAUGUUGGAAUGACAAUGGCCCAGCAAUACCUGUGGUCUACGACUUUGGUGAUACUCAGAAAACCUCAUCUUACUACUCACCUAAUGGACAUAGAGAAUUUGUUGCAGGGUUUGUCCAGUUCAGGGUGUUUAAUAAGGAGAGAGCAGCCAACGCUCUGUGUGCUGGGGUGAGAGUCACUGGCUGCAACACGGAGCACCACUGCCUUGGUGGAGGAGGAUUCUUCCCAGAGAGCAAUCCCAAGCAGUGUGGAGACUUCUCUGCUUUUGACUGGAAUGGACAUGGAACUCAGGUGCAUUUCAGCAACAGCAGGGAGAUAACAGAGGCAGCUGUGCUUCUCUUCUAUCGUUGA